AUGGAGAUAGACCAGAAGAGAAAUUUAGAGGAUUAUCUUAGUCAAGAUUUGAUGGAUAGUCGUUGCAGAGUCGCAUGAAAAAGCCUUGAUGGUAGAGAUCUGCCUGCUGAAAAGGAAACUGAGCCUGAAGGGGUUUGGAAGUUCAAGGAUUAUGUGGAUUUUGCAGUUAAAUUCGUCAAAGAAAGCAAUAUGAAUAUCUAUGUUUGAGCUAUCGUUGUCAGCCUCACUGGGCUGACCUUGUGUGAAUUCUGGAUUCAGCUUUUUAAAGGUGAAAUCGAUAAGUUUGGGUUAAUGAUGAAAUUGGGGAUAUUGAUAAUGUAUAAAGUGUGGAAAAUGGUCGCUGGUGUGGUAUUUACUAAAAUAUGAGACAGAAAGACAUCGAAGACACAUAUACUAUCUGACUUGCAUCUCUACAACCUGGAUUUUAAUUCCAAUCUUCAAUCCAAAUUUUAUUUUUACACAAAUAUAGUCAGUGUAUUGUUCUUCAACAGAUUGUUAUAAGCAGUGUUGAUAGCUACUCUCCUGAUUGAAACAUGGCAGAUAAUCUUAAAAAGAGCUUAAUCCAUGACAACAUUCUGCCAGCUAUAAACCCAAUCUCAUUCCUAACACAAGAAUGGGCUACUUUGAUUCUGUUUAUCUUAGUUUAUUUUGAAAUAGUAACAGUUAUUCAAGAUCAUACAGCUCCUUUUGAAUCAGCCAUCGAAGAGACAAGAUCAAAGUUGUUAAAGUUUGAGAAAAUAGUCUCAAAAUGCCCAACACCUCUAAUCGUCACUACAAUUCCGCCUAAAUAAGAUUAUCACAUCUCAAAGUGGACGCUCUCUUAUAGAAAAUUUCAACCUGUUCAAGAAGAAAGAGAUUCUCAAGACCAAAUUCCUACUAGCCACAGAAGAAGAGGAUUACUACUACGAACUUAAAGACAUCAUCCUUCUUCUUGAACAAGAAGGUUUUUCAGAAGCAAGACUUGAGAAAGAGAAGCCUAGUGGUGGGUACCUACUCAGAAUACAGACCUUUGAACAUAACGGGGAUCAUUUCUACGCCUUCGAGCUUGAAGACAUCACUGAUAUUAAGGAAGGAGAGGAGGAAAAAGCACUGAAUAAAUUCAAAUCGGUCAUGUUUGCCUCGAUGACCCAUGAGAUUAGAACUCCUUUAAAUGCAAUCAUUAACUCAUGCGAUGUGCUCUUGAUGAAUCAACAAUCUGAUCCCAUGAUAAAGAACUGUGCAGAGAUCUGAAAAUCUUCAGCAAGCUUGCUGAUGUAUAUGAGUUACAACAUCUUGGACUACUGCAGGAUGGAAACAGGAGAAUUUAGAGAAGAAAGAAUUCCUUUCUUUGUAUUCAACUUGCUCAACAAAAUUGCUCUCAUCUCUGAGCCCCAUGCCAAGUUAAAGAACUUGAUAUUCGAGCUUGAAAUUGAAGACGAAUUUGAGUCUCUAAAAGUUGAAAAUGACGAAAGAAGGAUUAUCCAAGUCUUGCUUAAUCUGAUUAUGAAUGCAGUCAAAUACACAACUCAAGGAAAAGUCCGGCUAAGGAUUACCCAAUUCAAUAUCUCUUUCAAAAUAGAUGAAGAAACAAUAGAGAAAUUCUACUUGCUCUUCACAGUAGCAGAUACCGGCGAUGGCAUAUCAGAAGAUAAGCAAUCAAAACUCUUCACUCUCUUUGGUGUGAGCAGAGGUGAAGACUACACUCAGAGUACAUCCAGCGGCCUCGGCCUAGCAGUUGCACAGAAUAUCAUCUCUAACAUUGGAGGUUGCUUAUGCUUCUUCUCGAAGGAAAAUAGAGGAAGUAUCUUCACUUUUGCUAUUCCACUGAAUUUCUUAGAUCAGAGCGAGGAAGACUUUGAUUUUACAGACGAGAUCACUAUGUUGACUACUGAAAACCUAAAACUACAUAUUAUGAGCAAUAUUGAGGAAGAUUUUGAAGAACUCAUGGCUGAUAUGUAUGAAGAAAAUAGUCUCCCAGAAAGAGAAAUCGAACAGCUAGAAAAUUCUGAAGAAGAUCCAGACUGCAACCCCAAUGGAGUAUUCACGAUUGGAGAAAUUAUAUCAGAGGAUUAUGAAAACUCAAAGAUGAGAUUCAAAUCAAAAAGCAAAUUAAUGAAAAUGGCUGACUUAAUUGGAAAGCCAAGUACCAAUAAUCUCAUACAAGACCUAAGUGACUAUGGAGUCCCUAAAGAGUUUGAGGAUGACUUAGAAGAUGAAGUAUCUCGACCAAAGUUGUUCCUCGAGCAAAAUGUAUCUUCAAAGCGAUUUUCUUCAGCACUCCAUAAUGAUACCCAAAAAUUCAAUAUCCAAGUGGAAUCUUUUUCAAGUAGUAGCAUUGAACAACACAUGCACAAAUGAUCUCCCCUACUUAAAACCCCAAAAGAGGAGUCUAAAUAAAAACCUUGCUCUCUCCCUCAGAUCAAGCAAAUCUCUAAGCUGGCCUGAGAACCAGAACCUAUCACAAUUGAAAUCCUCUCCCGAAAAAGACUUAAAACUUAAAAAAUUUGGUAGUAUGACCAAUAAAACAAAAUGCAACAUUCUUCGCAAAAGAACUGUUCAACAAGAGGAUCGGUCCAGUGACAAGAUUAAGAAGGCAUACCAGAGCAUCAAGGUCAACAAGAGGAAGAGCUACCUCCAGCCACUUUAUGGGAAAGAUAUUGGGAAUAUGGGUGAACCCAAAUUUGGUCAAAGCCUUCAAGGAGAUAAAGAAAUAGACCUCUUCAAGAAUUCAUUUGAGAUUAGUCAACAGUUUAAAGAAGAAAUUAUUAGUGAAGCCAAAAGCGAGGAUGAAAAGGACGAGUCAAAAUAUAACUCACAUCAAAGCAGAAAGACAGAAAAAUUCUACCAAAGAGUUUCAAGUAGCAAUGUGAUAGAAGAGUCUGAAGAGAUUCGUACCUGUGGCUGCGCCCAGAUUCUCAUAGUUGAUGACAAUGCAUUCAACUCCCAAGUACUUUUCAUGAUGAUCAAAAGCUUGAAAGAUGAUGCUAAUGCUGAAGACUCUCCUUUCAAAGAUAUAGAUAUAAAAGUUGAUAUGGUAUUCGAUGGCUAUGCUGCCAUUGACCAGAUCAAGAAAAGAAUGAGCAAUUCAUGUUGUAAAUUUUACAAGAUCAUAUUCAUGGACAUCAACAUGCCUAAAAUAGAUGGGUUUGAGACAACCAAACUCAUCUGGAAAACAGUCGGCGAAGAGCAAAAGAACAUGGUUGUAAUUGCCUUGACUGCAAUGCCAUGGUCCGAACUCUCAGAUGACCUCGAAGAAGCAGGAAUAAUGUACUACAUCCAAAAGCCGAUUGAUAAAGACAACCUAGAGACAGUUCUCCAGAAAUUUAUCAACUAA